AUGGCCCGAUCAGAUGAUCACUUGCCUCCCCCAGUGGACGAAUGGGUGAAAAAGACUAUCGAAAAAUUCCAAGCUGGUAAAGAUACGUUUUCUGGACGAGAGAUUUUCGAAGUCGAUGAGUAUUGUUCCAAAAUUUCUAGAGAUUUCCAGGUACCCGAGCCUCUGUACCAGGCAUUCAUUAGAGAUAUGGCAUACCAUUAUGCCGGUGAUGCCACCAAGCAAUCCCUUUCAGAAGGACUCCUCAAGGAAAAAUCAAAUCCAGACGUCGUGAAAGAGCAUCUGAAGGCAUUGGAUCUUGAUGGUGCCUUGCUGAGAUUGAGAGCCGCUGUCAAGAUCAACCAGCAGAAGAUGAUCCAGCUACCAUAUGCUGAUUCCUUUCCAAAGAUUCUCGAUCAGGAGUGGGGAACGUUGCGCGGUAGUAAUCGAAUGCUACCAUCAUACCCAACAAUUCCUCAUACUGGCGAAUGCGAUGAGCAUGGACAGGCAAAACCUGCACAGAUUUCUCUCAGACAGGAUCGUACAACGACGCUGACCCCGGCCAAAAUCAGGACUAUAAUGACCGAGAACAUUGGCGGGUUGAAGAAGACGCACAACGAGGUCUUCUACGCCAGUGGGUAUUACAGAGGAUACCUCAAGCCAGCCUACAUCUGGACUGCACUGGAAAAGGACGGUAUGGGCAACCUGUACCUAUCCGAUGCAAUUCUAAAUAAGCAUGUCCCGCUCUGGAGAAUUAUCCUCGCAUACAAAGGAAAUCUCAAGGCAUUUGAUCAAGGUAGACCCCCCAUCUCCAAUGAGACCACCGACAAGCCGUGCUCAAUGGUCAAAUUCGAGAAUACUACACCAAAAGGAAGCGGCCAAGGGGAUCUGACUGCACUUGUUGAGAGAAUGUUCCUGGAGUUCAAGGAGGUCAAAGACGAGCUCAAGGAACUGAAAGGGUCUACACUCUCUACGACCGAAGUGUCUUCUGAGCCGUCCACCGGGGGAGGGAAGUCCACAGGUAUCAACAAAACUUCCGCUGAGCAGAGCUGCGAAGAAGAAUAUGACGACGAAGAGAUGAAUCCAAAUCCCCACUCGAAAGUACCGCUCCCAACCAACGAACAAAAUGGAGAUGAUGCAGAUCUCGAUGCAGCUGAAGAGGAAACCCGAGACAAUGGCACGAAUACUGGCUCGCCUGACCCUCUUUCAAUUGAUGAACAAUCUGCAAACAGUGCAGAGUGUGGGAAUACUCCUCUUUCUCAGACCCACGAGGGCAAUCUGACCGAGAACGAUGAUGUACCUGAAGAGAUGACUCCAGAUACCGGCCCGAAGACUGGUUUGGCAGUGAAAGCCGGCACAAACAAGCGGCCUAAUACAGGCUCGCUCCAAGCUUCGAAUAAAAGGGCUCGCUCUAACGGGAAUCGGGGCGCUGUCAAAAAUCAAGGGAACAGGGGCUCUACCCAAGGACAGACCUGA